CUCUCAACACUGCACACGCCCACAAAACCACACCCCCAGCGACAUCCUCGAUAGCCAAAUCCCGCUAAAAUGGGUCGCGUCCGCACCAAAACCACCAAGAGGGCCUCUCGCAUACUCAUUGAAAAAUACUACCCCCGCCUUACACUCGACUUCCAUACCAACAAGCGUAUUAUCGAUGAAGUUGCAGAAGUCCAAUCGAAACGUCUCCGCAACAAGAUUGCAGGUUUCACGACACAUCUGAUGAAGCGUAUACAGCGUGGACCCGUCCAUGGUAUCUCCUUCAAACUGCAAGAGGAGGAGCGGGAGAGGAAGGAUAACUACGUUCCCGAGGUCUCUGCCCUCGAUACGAGCGCUGCUGGUCUGGAUGUCGAUGCUGAUACAGAGUCCAUGCUCAAAAGUCUUAACUUUGAUAUUACUGUGAACGUUGUUCCCGUGGUCAUUCCCCAACCUGAGCGGGGACCCCGUCGGGAGAGGCGUGCAGUACCUGGUGCUGGUCGAUGAUUUUUCAGUACACGAGAAAUGCACACAAUGGUGUCAGUAUGCCCGAUUAACAUGCUACAUGCUCGCCACACACACCACCCAGCGUCAGUAUAUAUACUUGAAUAUGCCAUGUCCUGUCCAACUGCGUUCACGUCGCUUGCCGUUUUUGGCUGAUAGUUGGGCCUACUGUUCAAGAUGAUCAUAUCUCUUGUUCAACGUGCGACUUGCCGCUCGUGAUUGAGGGUCCCAGCCACAAAGGUCAGGUGAGUGGCCAUUGACGAAAAGGCUUUUGUACCUUGCUGCAUGGUUUUCUGUGAACUCUGUGAACUUGAGUGGGGUUCUGCUUUUGGAGGUAACACGGAUAGUGGUGAAUAAUCUAGUGGGUUUACUGACGGCAAAUUCUCUGCUGCGCCUUCGGUUACGAGGUCGGGAAAUUCUAAAUCUGUAUUGAAACGCCAACAAAUAC